AUGGCUGCGCAGCAUACAUCUGAUGAAACCCUGUCCCUGCUUACACGACUAAGUCAAAAGCCCGGCGUGCAAAGUACGCUCAUACUGUCGCGAGAAAAUGGCACAAUAAUACGAACGUCUGGCCUCAUAUCGAGCAGCUCGUCUGCGAAUCCUAACAGCACGCUACCAGCUUCGAACGACGCUGCAAACGACGCUUAUACCAACGGAAGAAAAGAAAGCGGAAUACACAGUGCAGAAGACGUCGCAAGCAUGGUCUGGUCCUUCCUCUCUGCAGCCGGAGCUCUUGUGGACGAGCUCGACAAGGAAGAUGAAGUAAAACUACUCAGACUACGUACAAAGAAGAAUGAGCUAGUCAUAGUGCCAGACCCCAAGUUCAUUCUCGUUGCCAUCCAUGAUACACCACCUGCAUAG